AUGGGUCUCGCUGGCGAGAACUUGGACGCCGUUCACCAUCACCAGAGACACAGACAAGAGGGAGGCGCCGAUCCUCCAUCAUUCUGCGGUAUUCUCUCCAUUCGGCCCCAAAAUGCAGGGUGGAAGGAACAUGGCUCCAUUCGUCCAGCAAGGGCUGCAGACUCACACGCGGACAACCUCUCAGAUGGCAAAUCCUUCGUGUGUCUCAUGCCAUAUGGUCUGGAUUAUUCUACAAUCCUUAUUAUGAUUGUCAUCUCGUAUGAUGUGGCCCUUUCUUCUUUUCUUUCUCUUCGUUUACCAGCCACCCUCGCUACUACUAGUAGUUCUGUAGUAGUCCCUCGUAGUCCAUCGACUAAUCGAUCGCCAAACGGUGCGGCUGUUCCCUCCUCCAAAAGGUCUCCAACCGGAUCAUCCGCGGAAGCUGUGCUGUCACUUCCAUUACUGGAUGUCACCCCAAGCGGGCACCCACGCCUCCAUUGCCGCAAGGAGUUGGACGCUGUGGCUCAUUGGAGAAGUCCUAGCUGGGUGUGGGUAGGGGGGGCUGAGGGAACGGGACCGGGCCCGAAAUCUGAAGCUUUCCGAGUCUCAAACCGAAGGGUCAUACCGAUCAGCAUUCAACCUAGAGAGCAGCUAUCUUCAUGCUACAUCAGACUAGAUACUGCUAGACACGAGACGAACACUUCCGUCUGGGUCGACCCCCAUCGGCUCCAGAUGGGUAGAUUCCCCACAGACAGAACCAACGAUUCUGGAUCCAGUAAAUAUCUACAGAGAGGUUUGGGGAUAGACUCCGUUCUCGGUCAGUUUCGUCGCGGCACAAAGGGACGCAUCCCCACUUGGAGCGCCUCUUGGCGACCGUUCUGCCGCGUCGCCGAUUUUCUCUCUCUCUCUCACUCACUCACUCUCUCUCUUUUCUUUGCCUCCUCAAUUGAUGGCGUACGAACAAGCUCAAAUUAACCCGGGACCCAGUCUCCCACUGCUCAUCGUCAUUUAAAAUGAACCCCCCUUUGACACUUUUGACACUGACAGGAGGGUAAUCCCUGAGCAAAUGUCCGUUAAGCUAGUCAGAUUGUAAAUUAAACAUUCAAUAGUUAAUCAGUCGGGUCUUUUGAAGGUGGAAAAGCAAAGCUGUCAAAAAGUAAUGAACCUCGAGCUUAUCAUGACAGCUAUCCCAACAAUUACUCCGUAUACUACUCAAG